UUAUUAUUAUUAUUAUUAUUAUUAUUAACAGUUGCUAUGUUAAGAGUUACUUCGCUUGAUUUAUCAACGCAACUUGAUCUGCGACGGCGAAGGUACUUACACUGCAUUCAAUUUUACUUUAAAUGGCUGGUAACGACAGUUUCAACAUACGCAAACUACAGGUGCCAACAGGCACUUUUCUUCUCGAAAGUGCACGCCAUUACAAGAGGCUAUACUCCUAAGAAGAGGGUUUAAUUAGAGAAUCCUUUCUCUUGGAGGAGAAAAUAAUAAUGUAGAUGAACUUCACAAUAGUUUUGUUUGGUACUUCCUCAGAAAAAAAAUCCAAUGAGUGCAUUUGUUUCAUUAAUUUAAGAUCAUGACUCAAUAAAAAGCUGAGAAUUAAAUGAAAAUAGAAAAUCAUAUAGCCCCCUUCGUCAUGCUCGGGAUUGUCUGCCAUCCAACACCGGUCAGAGCCUGACGCAAGCCACUUCAGCGGGUUUGACACACGAACUUAAACUGAGACAAUAAGCCCAUCUCGACCUAAGAGACUGGGGUUGCCUUUUCCCGUUAGAGUUCAAUCGCUGACAGAAAUCUUAAGGAGCAAAUCGCGAAGGAGCAUGUCGCCAAUUGUUAUUUUUUCUAUGAAAAUAGAAGCAUAAAACAGCUUCAAUGUUUGGACCAUUCAUGUCACUUUUAAGUUACUUAUAACCUCGCAGAAUAAAAAAUCUAAUGUGUAAUAAUGUGUAUAAUGUGUCGUGAUUUUAACAAGUAGUCUGCGCGUGACGUCACAUCAGCUUCUGUUUCCUUUGUGAGGGUAAGUCACGAAAGUAAUCACUCAGAGUUUAUUAUCAUAUUCAGUCAAUAUAUUUCUUAAUAUAUUGUAUUCAGACAGCACAACACUGUUUCCCUAACAUAUCAAUUUGAAUGAACAAUAAUAUUUGCGCAAUAAUAAACGUAUCCGGUGAUUGGCCUCCAGUGUCAUCUCCAAUUCAGAUUUCCAUGGAAACGAUUUUAGUAAGUUAAAUCUUCGUCAAGGUCUAAUUUGAUGCAUGAUUCCUCCGACAGCCGCGGUGAAAUAUACCUACUAUUAGCCUGCUUGUAACUUGCUAAACCAGCCGCGUAACAUGGAAGAGCCACCCCAAGCCUUAGAUGCAAUGAGCGACUCCAAGGAAAAUAAUUACAGCGCUGCAGAACACGGAGAAGCUGUGGAAGGUGAAACCGCUGUUGUUGAGGAAGACGAGGGUUUUCAUACGGUCACUGCUGAUGAAGAUGAAAGUAAUGUUGCAGAGAAAACUACGAAACAAGACAAGCCGCAAACGAAUAUGAAAACCAAGCAAGGUUCUAAACCUCCAAGCUCCAGAGCAGCAACUCACAUGGAUAAAAAGACACAACAGAUGUUAGCAGAGUUUUACAGGCUGAAGAAUCAGAUGAGAGAAUUUCAACAAUCGAUACAGCGUCCUCCUGUGAGACCAUUUUCUCCUGAUAUUUUUAAUAGUCUGUCACCAUACUACAAUUGCUAUAUGGUCAACACUACAAUUCAAGAUCUACAACAGGAAGUAAUAAAUGAUAGAGGUUAUGGCCCCAGACCAACAGCACUUGGAGUUGUAGAUCCAGAAAUCUCUUGGAAACUGGACAACUUCCCUAUUCCAGUUCCACAGUCAAGAUUGCCUGGAAGACUUUUUCACCCAACAAAAUGGAGCAGAAACCUGUCCCAACCAAACAACGAAGGCAGCACCAGACUCCCUCCUUUGCCAAUGCCAAAUUUUCCGAAAUUCAACCAAUCAAAUUAUCAGCCACACAAAAUGACUUAUGAUCACUUAGCUGACUUCAGGAGCGACCUUUACAGCACAUCUGAGGCACUUGCAGAGAGGCAAGCAAAGGUUGAUUAUGAAAGAACAAAGCAGGACUGGAAUCGUAUGAAUUUGUCGGAACUGAAGAAACUUCCUCCUAGCCCCAGAUAUCACUUCAAAAAAACCAUCGAGUCCUAUCUCGGGACAUCCCGAGGGUCGAGCCGUGCACUGAAACCACUGACCAAAGAAUUGGACGCAGCUUCUCGCGAAAUCGUUUUGCAGCAUUGAGAGUUUUUCUGGAGUCUUAAAUUAUUAAAUCAUCACGAGUGUUGUUGUAACAGCAGUACAUGAACAAGCCACGUUUGGAUCACCAUUUUUGUCACAGUUUAGUCAUCAACGUAAACUCAAUAUCCGCCACGUACGUCAAUUUUUUGCUAUUAAGAUAUUGAAAAGUGUGAAAGUCUCAACCCUUCCAAGGACCGACGAGUAUUGUCGAGGUCGACAGCCACACUUCGGAAUACUUACGAGUAAUGACGAAGUCGAGACUUCUUUCUGUCAUUUUCAGAAAUAUCUUUUGAACCAUUUGUAGAAACCAUUCAUAGAGAAGAGUGUUUGCAACAUUUAUGCCUGUUAUAAUUUUCAAAGCCCUUUUGUGUAAAAUUUAUGAAUUUAACAAAGCCGAGAGCUAUAGAUUUAUAUAUGUACUCAACUACGACCCGGUAACAAUUACCUUAAUUUCGGUUUUCCACGCACAGAGCUAUGCGAGUGAUAAUGAGGAAAAAGAAAUUAAAAUUAAUGUUGUAUUUGGUAAUAUACAGUUCAUCCUCUGAAUUUCAAAACGAUAUCUUUGUUUAUAUUCAUUUGAUGUGAAAUACGAUCGGCUGUAAGUUUCAUUCUGUGCUUUGGGCUAGAUUCACUUCUUUUAAUUUCUUCAUUAAAUUCCUUCUUAUGUGUGUA